CGGCAACAUCACACACACUCCAACGUCGAUGGCAACGCCAGAAGGCGAGCGGCUUCUGCCGACGACGGCACGACCCUCUCAAGGUGUGUACGAUGCUCUUCACCAAGCCAAGCCCUACGCUGUCGCGGUCCCAGCAACCGCCCGGCAGAAAACCAUGUGUACUUGCGAAUGCACGUGCGCAUGCGAACGGGGCGUCCCGAUCAUCACUUCCAUUCAUCUCCACACCCCGACGCAUCAGCACAGCCUGUCGCCGUCGAACGCUCUUUCCCCAGAAGACACGUCUGUAUCCGUCCCGUUUGCCGUCGUCAUGACAUUCAUGACACUGUUCAUGUCGGUGGUUGGCGCAGGGAUGUUGAGUAUCCCGUUCACGUUUGCAUCGGCCCCCAUAAGUGUUGUCAUGAUGAGCCUUCUUGCCGUCGGUCUCGGCAUGGGUUACACUGCCGAGCUUCUCGUUCGAGUGCACAUUGCCACCAACGUGUCCACGUUCAACGGCCUGGCUGAAGUCGCGUUUGGGUCCGUCGUGUCGAAAAUUGUGUCUGCCACGACCAUCUUUGCCAUUUUGGGGGCAUGCGUCGGAUGCAUUGAGAUCGUGACGGACUUGAGUCCUUUCCUCGUUCACUUCGUCGGCAUCGAAACGUUGUACAACCCAACCGUGAUCGUGCUGCCGGUGUUCAUCGUUGCCGUGUACCCGCUGACCCUUCUCAAGAAUAUCACGGCGCUGCGCUUCUCGAGCUACGUUGGAUUUGUCGCUUCGAUCUACCUCGUCGUCGCCGUGACUGUGCGAGCUGCGUCGUCGACCCCCGCGGCAAUCGUCGACCCCCCGACGUACGACGACCUGCCACUCAAAAUCGCCCACGUAGCGUCCGUGUUCAAUUACGCGUUUGUGAGCCAUCUGAACGUGAUUCCGCUGUACGCGAACCUCCGCCACGCAAUGCAGCCAUCGGUCCAGCCCUCCACUGCGUUGUCGGCGCUGUCGCUGAUGCGCGGCGUGAUUUAUACCAUGUCGAUUUUCUGCAUUGUCAUGUACGCCGUGUUUGGAACUCACGCACUGACGCUGUACGGCAGCCACAUUCAAGGCAACAUCUUGCUCAACCUCGAAAACGACCGAGUGAUGGAGUUUCCGCGGCUGGCAGUGCUCGUCACGAUUUUGUUUUCGUUCCCGCUGCUGUUUCACCCGUUCAUGCUGUUGGUCGAAUCGUUUGCGUUGCAGUGCAUGGGAUCGGAAGGCGUUUACGUUUCGCGCCGUGUCAAGGCGAUGCAAUCCCUCGUGCGUGUGGUCUAUCGCUGCCGCGUCGUUUGAUCGAUCCACUAGGUGCUGCUUCUUGUCGUUGUCGCUGUCGCAACUGUCAUGCCAGGCAUCCAAGUCACGUUUUCCCUGACUGGAGCGAGCUGCGUCACGCUCAUCUGCUACGUCUUCCCCGUUUUGACGUACCUCCAGCUGUGUCCCACCGACUCGGUGCUGCGGCGCGGCGCCGCGGUCGUCGUCGGCCUCGUUGGCGCCGCCGCGGGCAUCGCCGCCACAGGACUUGUCCUCACACGCACCACCGUGUAAUGAAUUCUCCGAUCACGCUAUCGUGCACAAAGCACCUGCAGCUACGUUUGCCGUCCUCGCUCGAUUCUAUUCAUGAACACACCAGCUACACCGGACCUCCGGGGGGGGGGGCGCUAUGUCGCACAGGUAUGCUGGUCGUACGUCGCCUUCGUUGAGGCGAACGAACCUGCGCGCCACUGCUCUGAGCCGGAGAGAUGCAUGCGCCGAGGGGAACGGUCGGUUCGAUAGCUCGACG